GUCAAAUGCGAGUCGCAAAGUAACAUCAUGAUAUACCCUUGUUCUUCUCAUCCCCUUACAACUGGAAAAGCUCACCCGCGGAGAGCGCAGGUGUGAUAUUCUAUGCGGAUACUCUCCUGGAACAUUAAUGGCAUUAGGACACUACCACAAUACCACCCCUGGAAUUCGUACAAAUCAUGCCAGGCAAUAUUAGAACAGCUCCAGGCCGAUAUCAUAUGUUUUCAAGAAAUGAAGAUAACGCGCAGCGCUAUCGAGCGUGAUGUUGCAGUGCCAGACACCUAUGCUUCUUUCUUCUCGUUCCCUAUCAACAAAGGAGGAUAUAGUGGUGUAGGUGUAUACGCAGAUGCACGAACGGCUGUUCCACUCAAAGGCGAAGAAGGACUUUCCGGGAAAAUUCAGCCAAAGCCACAAUUAUCCGCAGACGAGCAGAUAUCUAAGUCGUAUCCAUGUUCUCAUGAAAUGAAGCUAUUGCCUGACGAGCUGGGAAACACGCCUUCCGACUUAUCAGUUCUUGACGCGGAAGGACGCGCAAUUGUACUCGACUUUGGGCUCUUUGUCCUCAUCAACACAUACUGUCCCAACGAGACAUCGGACGCACGACUGCCCUUUAAAAUGAAUUAUCAUUAUAUGUUACAGGAACGCGUUCGCGGGCUGAUGGAGGAGGGUCGUGAGGUAUUGGUCGUAGGUGACAUCAAUAUCUGUGCCACGCCCUUGGAUCACUGCGACGGCAAUCUCGCGAGUAACGCGUCUUAUUUCCACGAACAUCCUGCUAGAGCGUGGUUUCAUUCGUGGCUCGAUCCAACUGGACACAUGAUUGAUAUCGUGCGGCGAUUUUGGCCAGACAGGAAAGGGAUGUACACAUGCUGGAAUACGAAGAUAUCAGCGCGGGAAACCAAUUAUGGUACACGUGUGGACUACAUCCUUGUAACUCACGGUUUAGUCCCAUGGGUGAAACACGGUGACAUUCAGCCCUCACUCAAAGGCUCGGAUCACUGUCCGAUCUAUAUCGACCUGCAUGAUAGCAUCACGCUGGACUCUGGUGUCAAGCUCCACCUUCGGGAUGUCAUGCAGAUGAACGGAGAGAAAAGAGAGCCUCCUCGCAUAGCCGCUAAGUACUGGGAAGAGUUCUCUGGAAAGCAGACUUUGCUGUCUACCUUUUUUAGCAAGAAAGGAGGGGCAUUGCCUAGCGGUGCAUCCCCGUCUCCCGCAGAAUUAACACCAGUAGUGACAGGUCCUUCUGUUACACUGCCUGCCGAAGUCUCAACGACCUUGCAGGUCACUCCUGUUCGACUUCCUAAUACCUCUGGGGCCUCUUCUACUUCUUCAUCUCAGCCUCCUUACUCAUCGAAACAGACCAGUGCUCCUUCUCCGUCGCAAAAGCGAAAAUUAUUGACAGAGCCUCGUGAGUCCAUGAGAAAGGCUUCUAAGAAGGUUAAGAAAGGACAAACGUCAUUGUCCACGUUUUUCUCUCAGCCUUCAGCGUCUCAGACGCUACCUCAUACUCCUAGCGUGUCACGUAUGGAAGAUGUUUUGGUCAUACUCCAUGCAGACACGAACCCUGAUGGUUAUAUCGCCUCCGACUAUCGCAUGGCUCUCGAGCUGUCCAACUCGCAGGAGAAGAUCGUAUCUCAGAGCUGUGCGUCUGCUACCUCGUCUUCCUCACACAACAAGACUGCAUGGUCCCAGCUCCUUGCUCCAGUUCAGCCACCGAAAUGCUUGGUCCAUGGCGAGCCUGCUAAAGAGUUUACCGUUCAUAAGCCUGGUCCAAACAAGGGAAAGAACUUCUUCAUUUGUUCUCGCCCUGUAGGCCCAGGGUACGAUAAGGGCAAAGCAGAAAGAUUACGUGAAGAGGUAGAUCACCAAUACCGGUGUAAUUUUUUCAAGUGGUCAAGUGAAGUAAAAAAGGAAUCCCUCAAGCAGAAAGACAGAUCCUCAGUGAAAAGUGAUGAGCCUACUUGACAAUCGUAUUUAAGGCGACUACACACUGUAUCUUAUAGCCUAUAUUAUACUAGGCUCGCGUAGCACAAUGCAAAUUUGAAAACAUGUUAAAACAUAG